AUGUCACCCACCAAACCGACCAUCGUCAUCGUCCCCGGCGCGUGGCAGCUCACCAGCACCUUCGCCCCCUUCGCGGACCUGCUGCGGAGCAAUGGGUAUGACACGGAGAUCGUCGACAUGCCCAGCGUGGGCGGGACGGAGCUGCCGCUCACGGGCCUCCCCGAGGACAUCGCGGCCGUGCGCGCGGUGAUCCAGCCGCUGGUCGAGGCCGGGAGGGAGCUCGUGCUGCUUACGCACUCGGCCGGAGGCGUCAGCGGCGGGGGCGCGGCCAAGGGCCUGGGUCUGAAGACCCGCAAGGAGGCUGGCUUGCCUGGCGGGGUAGCCAGGAUCAUCUACAUGGCAGCUUUCGUGGUCCCCAAGGGAAGCAGCCUGCUGCAGAUGCUGGGUGGGAAGCCGGCGCCUUGGAUGGUCCUUGAGGGCGACCGCGUCACGGGCGACCCGAACGUGGUGUCGGAGCUCUGCUUCAGCGACCUCCCGCCGGAGGAGCGGCAGAAGUGGCUCAAGGAGAUGACGCACACGUCCGCCGCCCUCUUCGCCGGCGUCAACGAGUACGAGCCCUGGAAUGAUGGGAUCCCGUGUGCCUACAUCUUCACCGAGGACGACGGCACCCUGCCGUACGCGCUUCAGCAGCAGAUGGCGGCACAGCUCAAGCCUGAGGCGCCCAAGAUCCUCGUCAAAGCUAACCACUGCCCCUAUUUGAGCGUGCCGGCGGAGUUGCUGGCGGCUGUUGAGAAGAUCGUGGCUGCUUGA